AUGGACACUGAUCUUCAACCUUUGAUUCAAGUCUAUGGAUUAAGUGAAACUCUCAUUGUUGCUUCUGUGGAAAAAGGAAAGACUACUCCUAACUCGGUUGGAAAAUUAAUUCCUUCAACAGAAUUGAAGGUUGUUGAUUUAACCACAGGGGUCGCUUUAGGCCCAAAUGAAGGUGGAGAAUUUUAUGUUCGUAGUCCGCAGGUGAUGAAAUGCUAUCUUAAUAACCCCAAAGUUACAGCAGAAGUUUUUACGGAAGAUGUUGUUGUCAGCAGGAGAUUUUGGCCUUACGACUUGAAGGGAAAUCUCUACAUCACUGACAGGUUAAAAGAAAUGAUCAAAUCAGGAUUUCAUCAAGUUUCUCCUACUGAAAUAGAAUCUGUGUUAUGUAGUCAUCAGGCAAUAGAGGACGCCGCUGUAGUAGGAAUCCCAGAUUCCACUUUGGGAGAAGCGCCUUAUGGAUUUGUGGUGAUGAAACCAGAUAGUCACGUGACACCUGAAAACAUACUUCGUUUUAUUUCCGCUCGUCUAGCGCCACAGAAACAGCUGAAGGGAUUGGAGAUUCGAGACCAAAUUCCCCGAUCACAGUUCGGCGAGAUCGAGCGUAAAUAUCUGAACGAUCAUGUAGUCCAAAAACUGAAGAAAUAACCACUGGUCAGUGGCUCUCAGACAACACUACAACAUAUACACUUCUUGUUUUCGA